AUGAGCAGCAGCAGGAAAAGUCGCCUGAAAGAACUGCGCGAGCUCUCUGAAAAAGAAGAAGUUUUAGGCGGGAGUGCGACCGCUUUGAAAGAAGAAGAUUUGUUCAUCAAUCCAUCCCCGGCGGCGAAUGAUGAAGAGACGAACGUGACUAUUAAACUUCGCAACUACGUCCCGAAAGACAUCUCGGCGUUGAAAUCAACAUCAGUGGGAGUACAAAUCUUACCCAACGCAGUCGCGCCAGAGUUUAAGAGAAAGAAAGAAGAGGAAAAUGGCAACACUCCCGACGACACUAUCCUUCAUUCGAACGGGACGAAGAAGCAAAAUUGGGACCUCAAGCGAGACGUUGCGAGGAAAACGGAAAAGCUGGAACGGAGGACGAUACGCGCGAUCGCAGAGUUGGCGAGAGAAGAGGAAGAGAAAAGAGAGAGUUAA